GUAUUUAACCUGCGACCAGAACGUCUCCAUAGCGCAACUCUUACCGGAUUGAUUGUAUUCGUUGAAAAAUAAAUCUCGUUGGUUUCUCCCGCUGCUCUUUAGUUACUAAUAUCUUGUCAGGUGGAAUUUAAGCCUCCGAGAUGUCUCUAGCUGAUGAGCUACUGGCUGAUUUGGAGGAAGCUGGAAAUGAAGGAGAAGAUGGAUUGUAUCCAGAAGAGGAGGAGGGGGACAGUGAUGGAGAGAGGACUCAGGGAAGGAUGGAGGCAGGGCUGGAAGAUAUUCCAGAGGAGAUGGAGGUGGAUUACAGCAAAACGGAGAGUGUUGCCUCCAUUGCCAAGCUCCGCAAUAGCAAACAAUUUUCAGAAAUCAUGGAAAAAAUCUCAGAAUAUAUCGGAAAGCAGCGCAAAAACUCAGAUGUUUCAGGUCCCGUUGAGGCUGAUCCAGAAUACAGGCUGAUUGUAGCAGCCAAUAAUCUCACAGUGGAGAUCGAUAAUGAGCUCAACAUAAUCCAUAAAUUUACAAGAGACAAAUAUUCCAAGAGGUUUCCAGAGCUCGAGUCUUUGGUUCCAGAUUCUUUGGAUUACAUUCGCACAGUCAAGGAAUUGGGAAACAAUUUGGAGAAAUGUAAAAACAAUGAAACGCUGCAGCAGAUCCUGACCAACGCUACCAUCAUGGUCGUCAGUGUCACAGCAUCAACUACGCAGGGGUCAUUGUUGAGUGAAGAUGAACUAAAGCAGCUGGAAGAGGCUUGUGACAUGGCUCUGGAGCUCAACCAGUCCAAACACAGAAUAUACGAGUAUGUUGAGUCCAGAAUGUCAUUCAUAGCCCCCAACCUGUCCAUCAUUGUGGGAGCAUCCACUGCUGCCAAGAUUAUGGGGAUCGCUGGCGGUCUCACCAACCUUUCAAAGAUGCCAGCCUGUAACCUUAUGCUGCUGGGAGCCCAGAGGAGAACCCUAUCAGGCUUCAGCAGUACGUCCCUGCUUCCCCAUACAGGCUUCAUCUACCACUGUGACGUUGUGCAGUCGCUGCCACCUGACCUGAGGAGGAAAGCGGCUCGUCUGGUGGCGGCAAAAUGCACCCUGGCUUCACGAGUGGACAGUUUCCAUGAGAGUUCAGAUGGAAAGGUUGGCUAUGACCUAAAAGAGGAGAUCGAGAGAAAGUUUGAUAAAUGGCAAGAGCCGCCACCGGUGAAGCAGGUUAAACCUCUGCCAGCUCCUUUGGAUGGACAGAGGAAGAAGAGAGGAGGAAGGAGGUAUCGAAAGAUGAAGGAGCGUCUUGGACUGACUGAGAUCAGGAAACACGCCAACAGAAUGACCUUUGCAGAGAUUGAGGAUGAUGCGUAUCAGGAGGAUCUGGGCUUCAGUCUGGGUCAGCUGGGGAAAAGCGGGAGCGGCAGAGUCAGGCAGGCUCAGGUCAACGAGGCCACCAAGGCGAGGAUCUCCAAAUCCCUGCAGAGGACGCUGCAGAAACAGAGCAUGACAUACGGCGGGAAGUCGACAGUCAGAGAUCGCUCGUCUGGAACCAGCUCCAGUGUAGCCUUCACUCCCCUCCAGGGCCUGGAGAUCGUUAACCCGCAGGCUGCAGAGAAGAAGGUGGCUGAAGCCAACCAGAAAUAUUUCUCCAACAUGGCAGAGUUCCUCAAAGUCAAAAAGGAAUCCAAGAUGUGAACAUUCAGUCCCCUCAGCAAGGCAUCACGCUUUUUAAUCUGCUUGAAUGUUCUCCACUAAGUUUUAUUUUUUUAUUCCCAUUUAGAAUAAAAUGUUUACUUUUGAGUUUCUGUUUUCCAAGAAAUUAAACGUUAAUUGUGCUGACUUGUA